AAAAAAAGGCUCGCGCGGUCCGGCUGAACCGUUUUGAAGACGAUGGAAGAGCUGCAGGAGCCGACGUUGCUGCAGAGCGUGCGUGCGCAUCGCAGCGAGGUAACGUGCGUGGACGCGUUCGGCGCGCGGCUGGUGACGGGGGGCGGGGACCGCGCGCUGCGGCUGUGGUGCUGGCUGAGCGGCAGCGGCUGGGACGAGGUGGCCCGCGCCGCGUCCGCCCACCGCUACGGCGUGACGGCGGCGCGCUGGGCCGGCGGCGGCGCGCUGCUGGCCUCGGGCGGCGUGGACGGCGCCGUGCGCGUGUGGUGCGGCCGGGCGCUGGCGGCGCGCCGCCUGCUGGCCGCGCCGGGCGCCGCCGCCGUGCGCGCGCUCUGCUGGCCCGGCCACGCGCGCCUGCUGGCAGGACACGACGACGGGGCGCUGUGCGUCUGGCAUGUCCAGCACGGACAAUUAAUCGCUCGCUUACACGCGCAUGAGGGUGCUCUGCACGCCGUAGCUGCGCCGGCUUGCGGACUUUUACUAAUGACGGCAUGUACGCAUGGCGUACUUAAGGUGUUCGACCUCGCAGAAGUUUGUAGAAGUGGGACUGGCGGCUUAUUGUCUCCGGCGCCGCUGACGUGGAUCGACAACGCGCACGACCUGGGCGCGCUGUGCGCGGACGCCACGGAGGACGGGCGGCUGGUGGCUACGGGCGGGCAGGACGCGGCGGUGCGCGUGUGGCGCGCGGGCCGCGGGCUGGCGGAGUGCGGCGCGCCGCUCGAGGGGCACUCGGCCGCGGUCACGGCGCUGCGCUGGGGCGGCGGCGCUGCGCUGCUGGCCUCCGCCUCGCUGGACCGCACGGCCCGCCUGUGGGCACCGCUGGCGCGCGCCUGCUUGCACGUCGUGCACGCUCACUCGCGCUACCUUACCUGCGUACUGCUUUCACACGACCUACGCUACAUGGUUACCGGCUCUAAUGACAAAACUGUACGGAUGUGGUCUCUGGGCUCGCUGAAUAUAGAUGACGACCUUGAAAUUCCGUGUGCUGCGCUAACUCACUUUGCUCUUGGUGAUCUGGAGGGGAUCGGGCCAGUGGAAGAAGACGACGCACUGGAGGACGUUAACGAACUAGUGCCACCAGCGGGGGAGGAGGAGGGAGAGGAGGGGGAGGCGGAGGGCAGCGGCUCGCGGUGCGUCUGGCGCUCCGCCGUGCACACCGGGGCCAUCAACUGCGUUGCCACGCACGAAGAUCUUGUAGCUACUGCUUCUAGUGACGGCACGGCGCGCUUGUUCCGCUGGAGCGCAGACGCGGCGGAACUGGUGUCGCUGCACGAGCUGCGCUCGCACCAGUACCCCUGCAUGGCGGCACACUUCGGUGUGGGCGGCGCGCUGCUACUCACCGCCGGCCUGGAUGCGCGCGCCUGUCUCUGGGACGUUGAGAUGGGCGUGCAGCUACGAUCGCUUAGCGCUCCGGCGGGCGGCGGCGAGGCGGGUGAGGCGGGCGGCGGCGGGGUGCGAGACGCGCGCGUGUCUUCGCAGGCACCGCCGCUGCUGCUGCUGGCCUCUGAUGACGGUGUCACGCUUGUCUGGAGCCUGGCCACCCAAGAUCCGAGACCCCUACACGUGUUCGCGGGACACUCGGAGGGCGUGACGUGCUGCGCGUGGUCCCCGGACGGGCGCGUGGCGGCGAGCGGCGCGGCCAGCGGCGAGAUGCGCCUGAGCGCGCCGCCGCCCGCGCCGCGCCUGCUGCACCACGAGCCCGUCGCGCACGACCUCGGCGUACAGAGCUGCGACUUCGCGCCUGCGCAGAGCGCGCUCGAUAUGCCCGACGAGACGUAUUUACUCGCUACCGCUGGCUGCGACUCGCUCAUUAAAUUAUGGCUCAUUGAGUGCAAAGAGGCAGAGCAAGAGGAGCAAGGGGCGCGAGUGCGACUGGUGAACUCUGUGGCGGCGCACGGCGGGGGCGCAUCGUGUGUGCGCUGGGGAGGGAAUUCAGAAGGGGGCGCACUGCUGUGUAGCGCGGGCGCAGACCGGUGGGCGCGCGUGUGGCUGGCCAGCGGCGGCGGCGCUGAGCUGCGCCUGCUGGCGGCCGUGCCGGCGGCGGGCGCGGGCGGCGCGCUGGCCGUGGCGCUGCUGGCCACGCCGCCGCUGCUGCUGGUGGGCUCGCUGGCGGGCGAGCUGGCCGCCUGGCAGCUGCCGCCCGAGCCCGACCUAGCAGACGACUUCUCCGAUGACGAGGAAGCCACUGCGCCCUCAUUUUGGAGUCACGUGGGCGUGGGCCGUUGGCUCCGGGAGAAUAUUACCCGAGCGCCAGGGUCCCGCAUGAGCCGCGCCGCCGAGGCGGAGCUGCUGCAGCGCGCGCUCGACUCGCGCGUCACGGGCGCGCGUCUGCUCACCGACGACAUUGACGACUUGCUGCUUCAUUUUGGAUAUGGGCCGGAGUUGAAUGAGGAGGAAGUGGCAGAGAGCAAGAGUGUCGCGGAGCGCGAGGAGGUGCGCGCGCAGCUCCGCGACGAGCUGCAGUGGCUGCGCCGGCCGCCGCCCGCGCCGCCGCUGUUGUCAUGCACGUGGCCGCAGGAGCGCGCGGCGCCGCACUGGCUGCUGUGCCCGGUGUCGCACCGGCUGCUGCGCGAGCCGGCGCGCGCGGCGGACGGCUACACGUACGAGCGCGCCACGGCGCUGGACUGCUUCCUGGCGGAGGGCGCCGUGUCGCCCGUGUCCGGCCGCCGCCUCUGCAACGCGCGCCUGCUGCCCAACUACGCCGUGCGCGCUCAGCUGCGCCUCUACCUGCUGCAGGCGUCCGCCUGACCCUACUCACCUACUACACAAGCUCAAGCAUCCCGCUACCAUAAUAUGUCAUCAAAUCAAUGUAUUUACAUGUGAAUUAUCAUUAUUCAGUAACUUACUUUUGUCUAUAUUAUUGAAAGUUUUAAAGAUAUACACAACCUUUAAGAUUAAAUCGCAAAUAUGAAACUAUA